AUGAAACUUCCUCAAGGUCUUUCUGUUACUUCUACAUCUUCUGCUUCUUCUGAGUCUCCUGCUUUGGUUUGCAAAUUGCAAAAGUCUCUUUAUGAUGACAUCAUUGUCACUGGGGAUGACUUGAAAGAAAUUUCUGCUCUUAAAGCUUUUUUGGAUGCUCAGUUCAAAAUUAAGGACUUGGGGUUGCUUAAUAUCCUUUUGUUUCAAAAGAAAUUUAUCUCUGAUUUUCUAUCAGAAUACAAGUGUGUUGAUGUUUCUCCUACUGUUAGUCCUUUAGACAUGAGCCACAAGUUACACUCUGAUGUUGGGGACCUGCUUCCUCAUCUUGAAAGUUAUAGGAUCCUAAGACCUAGAAUUCCACAUAUGACUGCCGCUUUACAUGUCUUGAGAUACUUAAAGGGCACUUCUGAUUUUGGGGUCUUGUUGAAUAAUUAUGCUGAUUUGUCUUUGAUGGCCAGUUGUGACAGUGAUUGGGUAGCUUGCCCCGAGUCUAGGUGCUCAGUUUCUGGUUUUUGCAUUCAAUUGGGUGGUAGCCUCAUCAAUUAG